CUCGGAGACUCGAGUUUUUAACUGAGCUGAAAACAUAACAAUCCUCUUAGAACAGCGUUAAAAUUACCGAUCGUCAGCCUUUUCUAGGGGAGACCAUUUCCUCACUGUGAUUCGGUUCAAAACCAUUUCUCUAACAUCAACAUCGCACCGUUAAUAGUUUGAGAAACAAGUAAUCAAGCUAUAUUCGUUCAAACAGGAAGUCCAAACACAGUCACAUGAGUGACGCCCUGUCACAUGAUGUUUUCCAGACGUUGCCGUUGUUGAUGGAGAGCUAAUUUCAAAGGCUGUAGAAUCAGACAGUGAUGUCCAACAUGGAGACAGAGGGGAGGGCAGAUGAGGGCUCCUCGUCUCAGCGUGACCCUCCUCAGAACACUGGCAGCUACGAUUUCAGCCUGACUCCCCAGGACUCUCGGCCUACAGAGGACUCCCAGCCUGCAGAGAAAUCAGUCCCUAUUGAAGAGCCCAUUGUAGUGGACAGAAAGGCCAUAGAGAAACUGACAGAAGGCCUGCUCUCUCACUACCUGCCUGACCUCUACAGCUCCAAACAGGCUCUGUUGGAACUCAAUCAAAACCAAGUCAUCCUGCUGGACACACUGGAACAAGAAGUCACCAAAUUCAGAGAGUGCAAUUCCCUACUGGAUCUAAACUCACUGUUCACAGAGGCCAAGUUUUAUCACGGUAAACUGGUGAACGUACGUAAAGACAUGAUCAUGCUGCACGAGAAGACAACUAAACUAAAGAAAAGAGCGUUGAAGCUCCAGCAGCAGAGACAGAAGGAGGCUAUGGAGAAAGAACAACAGAGAGACAGGGAGCUGGAGAGAGAGAGGCAGCUGAUUGCCAAACCUGCCAAGAGAACAUAGAACCAUCCAUGAACUCUGUCCUAACUCUGUCACUGCCAACUAUACUAUACAGCCAAAGAUGAGGGAUGCGUCACACAUGUCGCGGGCUCCGAUCCUGAUCCCCUCUCUGGUUGUUGAACAGUAGACCAACUCUAUUCCUCAAGAUGACACAGUUCAUCCAUGGUUGUUGUCAGACAUGAUUUGGUCUCUUGUAUACAGAGGUGUUAGGACAAGUACUGCUUGGAGGUAGUUUUAUAUUCAGAGGUGUUAGGACAAGUACUGCUUGGAGGUAGUUUUAUAUUCAGAGGUGUUAGGACAAGUACUGCUUGGAGGUAGUUUUAUAUUCAGAGGUGUCAAGACGAUUACUACUCCUUGUUAGUUUUUGUGGCCAAUCAUGCUGUUUAGAUCAGAAUCAGCACACGCCAGCAGUGAUUAUUCCUCACUUCAUCCUAAAUGGCUGUAAUAAUAGAGAUUUCCGAGGUGAAUAAAAGAGAAGAGCCGAUGCAGUCAAUCAAAA